CUAUAUAACAUCCUGCACAAGACUUUAACUGCGGGCCAUAACACAAUCUAUGGACAGACAAUGGGUCUGUGGACACUUCUUCUGCAUAUACACCUUGUGUUUUGUGUUUCUCUCGCACCACCUUCCAAUGUCUCCAUCUCUUCCUUCAACAUGGAGCAUACACUCAACUUCCUUGCCGGUCCUGGGACCCCCUCUGACACACACUUCACCGUCCAAAUCAUCCACCACAGGACUAACUCGUGGAGACCAGUGGUGGGUUGUUCGGAGCUGACAGCUGGACAGAUGUGCAACCUAACCAGAGUGUUCACUGACCUGUACACUCACUACAAAGCUCGAGUCCAAGCCUUCACAACCGCCCAGACAUCCAGCUGGACUGUAUCAACCUGGUUCCAGCCUUUGUCAGACACUGUGCUGGGACCUCCUGAUGUGUCUGUGUCUGGCUGUGGAAACUGUUUGAUCCUGCAGAUCAAACCUCCUGUAACAAAGGGCCUCCAGUAUAACCUGCAGCUGGAGAAUCUCUACAGAGGAGUGAUCCUACAUGUGCGAAGAACCAGGGAUGGGGCACAGUUCAGACUGAAUCUGCCGUACAGUGAAGAGAAAGUGAUCAUGUACCUGCAGCGAGGUGUAGAGUACUGUGUGAGCAUCUCUGUGACUGCACUCUUCAACUCCAACCCUGUCCCCAGUAAACCUCACUGUGCCUUCACCAGCCAUCCUCCAUCCAAAAGCUCAACGUAUUUGGUCAUCGGUGCGCUGGGUUUUUUCUGUAUACUGGGCUUCCUCAUCACUGGAUUGGUUUUGAAUAGUGGUCAGCGGAGCUUCAAAAUACUGAGACGACACCUAUUCACAUCUCUGUCAUGCACAAAUACAUCAUGAAGAGCCCUGAGGAGCAGCAGUGAGGGGGAGAGAACUGGCGCUAACCCUAAAGAUCAGAGGAGCUUGUUUCGGUAGAGUUGCUUGGGCCGACUGGUUUUAGAGCUGAAGGAAGCUGAGAGCAAAAUCUCUGGAUCAGUAUCAGAGUGAAGUUUUUGUAAAUUGAUGAAAAAUCGACUUUAUGUAAUUUCUUCUGACUCUAAAUGUGUUUUAGGUGAAUGAAGUCUUUGUAAUUUAAAAGACUUUAAAAAUUCAAUGAAUACUUGGAUCACAUGAUGAUUGAUCACAAUACCUAACUAAUGAAUGAUGAUUUUAGCAACUAGAUUAUAUAUUCAUAACAGAAAUGAGUUGUACUCAUACAUGAGUUUACAGUAAUAAGGCAAAAAUGUAAAAAUACGCAAAGUGGACUGAAAUGUUUCUUUGAAUGUGGCUGUCUAUCCUUUUAGCAAAGUGGUACUUUUUUCUUAAUUUCUUCACAUGGUUACUGGUCUUAUAAAGAAACUGUUAUAGUAUACAACGAGAAUAUGCCAUUGGAUGACAUUAUUAUUUCAUGUUGACAAUUUUUAUCCAGUUCACCAUGUUUUUUCAACAAAUGUUUUUGAUACUGUUAUCUAAUCUGGAUGAUGAUGCUUUUAUUAUGGUGGCACACCACCGUGAUGUGUGCAAGAAAUUGGGAAACACUUGGAUUCCACUUGUAUGAAGAUCAGAUAGCUGGAAAUCAAUGAUGAAUAAAGUAAAUAAUGC